UGUGGCGUUACAACCCGUCGUGGGUCACUUUUCAAGACUCAUGCGUCACGGCCACCUUCUAGAACAGGAACGACUCUCCGCAGCUUCAUCUUGCCAUUGAGUCAGAGGCAAGGCCGGUUACCCGAUCGCAAUGUUUCCGACACUCUUUCGACGUAUGGCCGCGUCGGCAAAAGGGCCCCUACUGCGAAGGGCGCCCUUGUCGGUGGUCAACAAUCCCUACAAGGCGCGAAAGGUGUGGCCGCCCAACUUCAAGGAACUUACCGUCCAGCAGCAGCUGCGGUUCGAGAAGAAGUACAAGCGGCGCAUUAUGCUUGCGAGCCGGUCUCCUAGAUGGGAGAAGGGCGUCAAGCUCGCCCAACUCAUCACCAUUGUCGCGGCGCUCGUCUGGAUCCUGUUCUACUCGGAGUUCGAAUGGUGGGGGCAGAAGUACAAGCCCUCCGAAGAAAUCCGACGGAAGACGAACUACCUCUUCGGAGUACUCGACCCAGAAAAGCGAUACGAGCGACGAAAGGACGCGCCUCCCCCGCCUCCACCCAAAGACGAAGAAGAGUCGAAAUAGAAA